AUGGCAAACGGAAAUAAACAAAAAGAAGUGAAGGGACGUACCCAGGAAGGAAUGGAAUACGAAAAUAGGAAAGAACCUGAACUGAACUGGAGGCAUGUCAAAGAAAAAGCAAGAGAUAGAACUAAAUCUGGAAGAAAUAUCACUUCUACAAUUAUGGUAGAGAAGGUUGCGAUUUACCUUUUUAUUUUUUUAGCAUUUGAAGACGUAUACUCGAAUUCAUUCAUUUCUCCAAAUUCUGCAAAUUUGAAAGCGCCAGAAAAUUUUAAGAGAAUAAUAACGUCAGAAUUGGAAAGUUUUCCAAAAGAAUCGGAACAUUUAUCUGACUUGAUUCAAGAUGGAACUGAUUCAACAAAUUUAUUGUCUUCGGCUACACGUGUUAUCCGGUCAGCAGAUCCAAUUUUAUCAAGAACUGCCAUUUCAGAUGAAUUUAAUUUAUACAAGAAUAUAGAAGAAGCUUUGGAAAGUAACGAUGUAGAGUUAUCAGGAAAAAUUGUUGAAAAUAUUCAACCUUCCAAAACCGAAAAGGAAUUCAUUACUGCAGAAAACUAUCAAAAAACCGAUCUUUCGGGGGAAUCCAGAGGGACUCCGCAUCAAGCACGAUCGUUGCCACUGCCGGAGUCCCAAGAAAUCACCCCCAGUGCUUCAAUGUCGAUGACGGCUUUUGCUACCCAAUCACCUCCUCUACCAAAUCAAGCCCGACAAGCCAACCCUGAUAUACAGGAUAUUAUAACAGGAAUUGUUAAGCUACUGAAUGGUAAUGUAAAUGUUCAAGCAAAUACCAGCCCAGGUAUGGGAAGACCUGUACGUCCCAUUUCUACAAGAAUUAACAAUAGAGGACCACCAAGGAUUACUGAUAUGCCAGCUUUACCACCUGAUUUUGAUGUUCCAGCUCCACUACCACCUCCCCCUAUAGGUCAAAAACCACCACCAAUGUCAACUACAAGACUGCCAACACCUUACCCUUUCGAUGUUCCUAAUCCAAAUAUGUCUCCUGUUCUUGAUAAACGACCAUCGUUUUAUCGACCUCUAACGGCACCGCCCUGGAAAAGGCGUAGACCCCCUAAUAAUCAUCAUAGAAGGCCUCCGAUUCCACCCUAUAAACCGAUGCCACCUUUUUCUACUGAAUUGAUUAGUCUGACAUCUGAAAAACCUUUUGAAGAUAUUUUAACGUUGGAUUUAGGCUCUCACUUAUCAUCGAGUGUCGAAGAAGGGGACUAUUAUCCAGAAGAAGUAGAUGACAAGGGAAAUUCUACUGAUCUACCGGAAACAGAGAAAGAUGAUCCUCAAGAGUAUGGGCAGGGUACUAAACUGGAUAAAUAUACUACAAAAACGACAAUAGUUACCCCAACAUUCAAUUCGGAAACAUCUACAAAACGGAAUGAAUCAACCGAAAAAAAAUCUGAAGAAGCAACUUCCAUUUCUUUUUCAGAAUCUUCAUCAAUAAUUGUUUCUACUAGUACAUCCAAUCACCAAAUAGAAGAUGUGAAACCCACUAGUGCUUCGAUUAUAAUUCCAACUUCUACUCAGACUUCAAGCGACGUGGUAUCAAAUACUGCCACUAAUACUUCUGUAAUGACGGAUGCGUCUGAUCUAGUAGAAUCGUCAAUGUCUGAGUUACCUGAAACAUCAGUAGAUAUACUUGGAGAACAUACCACUCUUUCUGCUACUGCCACUAAUGAGUUGUCGAUUAGUACAACUACACUAGAUGCUACCAGUCUUAGUACUAAAACUGUUACACCGUCCAUACCUUCAAUAACUAGUGCUACUAAUCAAACAGCUACAUCUAGUUUUCCUCACUAUCCAUACCGACCUAGACCUGGUAUCGUAUUAGAUGAUACUGAAUACAAACCUGGUGGUAUCAAUAGAUCACCGAUCAUAACCAGACCCCCUGUUGGACAGAUUGGAGAUAUUUUUGAUAUUACUGUCUCAGCAAUACAAGGACCAGGAGGAUCAUCUGCGGGACAAGGGAAACCAUAUGUUAUUCCAGUUGAUAUAGAAAAUGUUCAUGCUGCUGACGUUAUAACAUCUUCUUCGGGUUCUGAAGGAUUCGUAAGUAUUGACGGAAAAAGAACAUACCUCAAUCUUUUCGGAGAUUCCACCACAGCUGAUACGCCGAUCAAACCAACAGCGUCCAUUGUCCCACAAAGUAAUCAAGUUGCCGCCACUGGAUAUGCAGUAGCUGAAAGCGAAAAAAUUCAUAGACAGGGUUCUGUAGUCAAGCCUUCACAACGUAGACCAAUUUUCGGAAGACCUCGACCAAGUCACCCACCUGUUAGGAUUGACACUUGUAUUGUUGGAGACGAUUCAACUUGCGAUGCUUCUCAACACGAAAUCUGCCGCACAGAAUCAGGAGUAAGUGCUUGUCACUGCAGACCAGGAACAGCCAGACGAAAACACAGAGAUCCUUGUCGCAAAAUCGUGUCAAUAAUAGUUUCUUUGAGGGUAGAUAGAUUGUACGAUAGAAAAAUUAUUUGGGCAAACGAAUUCAAUGAUCGAACUAGUGAUAGUUAUCAGCAGCUCUCACUUGAAGCGGAAAGAGCUCUCGAAUCUGCUAUGUCGAUGACUCCGUUUAGUGAUGAAUUCUUAGCAGCGAAAGUGAACGGAAUAUACAAAGGAGAGAGAUCCUUAGGGCAAGCGGGAGUAUUUGUGAAUCUCACUUUACAACUAGACGAAAACGCCGAUACCGCAAGACCUACAGUUGGAGGAGACAUUCAACGCCACCUAUUAGGUGUGAUACAAAGAAGAAGCAACAAUGUCGGUGAAAGUGCAUUAUGGGUUGAUAGUCCUCCUGGAUCUGUAUCUAAUCUUAAAGAUCUUGAUGAAUGUUCUUCACCAGAUCUUCAUGAUUGUCACUCCCUUGCAAAAUGUGUAAAUAUUUUUGGUAGUUUUAAAUGUGAGUGCCUUGAUGGAUAUCGAGACCCUUGGUUAGAUAAUAAACAUCGAGCUGGAAGACACUGUGAACAGUGUUCUCCACAAUAUUGUAAUAACAGAGGGGAGUGCAAGUAUCAGAAUGGGCAAGAAGUCUGCACAUGUGUAGGAAAUUAUUAUGGUACUCAGUGCGAGCUGGAUGGUGAAGUAUUAGGAGUAGCCAUCGGAGCAAGUGUAGCCGCCGUUAUAAUUAUAGGGUUAACAUUAGUUUGCCUUGUAAUGUGGAGUCGCCGCUGGAGCAGAGAACAGAAAGCAGCUGUUGGUAGUCCCGUUUUUGGUUAUAUGGCCACAGCUAGCAACACAGCUAAAACUCCUGUAGUUGGUGCUCCUCCUUACCAAUUAACAUUGGAGGAUAGACUCAGAUGGGCGCAAAUUGCCGAUGUCAUGGCUCAAUCUAAUCAUUACGCUCCUGAACCGGGUUUAACAGCCCCAACACGUCCGUCUUCAGCUUUAUUCGGAUAUCCCAGUCUACCUAUGGCUGGCGCUAUGUCUCAUCACGGUCACGGUACCCUUCCACCUAUACCUUUACCACGUCUUACUCUGCAAGCUCAGAUGGCUGCUAGAGCUGCCAGUAUCCAUAGCACAAGGCAUAUGGAUAAUUCUAGUUCUAGUGAAGAAGAGGAUAAGGCUGAUUUGUUAGGAAGAAAUUUCCAAGUACCGAGACCAAAAAGUCGAAGUAACGCUUCCAUUGCUAACCAAAGUGGAAUCUACUAUGAUGUCGACUAUGAUCAAAAUGAAAUAUAUAAACAAGCAGGUGGAAUUCCUCUGAGUACCUACAGUAUGGGGAGACAACCUUUCUAUAGGAAUUAAUAUACACAUCACUGAUUCAUUUUUUAAAAACAUUGGAAAAUAUACCUUCUAAAUGGUAGUGAACGAAACAAAUGAGUGGGAUUUGAAUGUCAAGAUUAUUUUACGUACAGUACAUCGAGACAAAGUGUUGUUCCUCUCUCGUAUAUUUUUUUUAUCAAAGUAUCUUGCAGACAAUAGAAAUUUUAUUAUAUAAUUUCUGGAUUUAUCUAUUGAUAAUACAAAUACGAAGGGAAGAUUAUGU